CUAUUUAUUCUUAUACUACCGCAACUCCACUCCGUAUUGAAGUCCAUUGUCAAUUCAGAUAAUAAACAAUUCAAUACAAUAUGGGAUCAGUGGCUAUUAAAAUGGCGAUAAAUUAAGGUUAAAAGCUAGAGUGAAAAUGUGUGGGAAAUGUGUUUCAUUGUGUUUGUUGUUCCUUCUGAAACAAGAGUUUGCUCUAAGCAUUCGAAUCACAGAGCUUACUGUACCGAGUCAUGCUGUAGAAAGCGGGUCCGUACUACUCCAAUGCCAAUAUGAUCUUGAAGGAGAAAUGUUGUACUCCCUCAAUUGGUACAAAGACGGAAUAGAGUUCUACAAAUAUGUACCAAGCAAUAACGUACAGUAUAAUUUUUUUCCGCAGAUCGGAGUCAAUGUUGAUGAAAAAGAUUCUUCAAGUAACGUCUUAAAAUUGUUAAACCUGACUUCCGAUUCCUCUGGAUUGUACAGAUGUGAAUUGUCGGGCGAAGGACCUUAUUUCAUAACGGUUUAUGACGAACGAAAUAUCAGUGUACAUCUACUACCAUAUAAACGGCCUCAAGUAACAGGGCUCGAAGAAGAUUAUAGAGUAGGCGAUAUCAUAGCUGUCAACUGCUCGUCGUCAAGAUCCCGGCCACAGGCCCGAUUAAAAUGGCUAAUUAAUAAUGAGGCAGUUCAAAGAAAAUACGUCACCGGUCCCUGGUAUAGAAUAUCGAGAGAGCGUCCGGAUGCAAGAGAAACUAUACUACAAUUAAGAUUCAUAGUGAAAGAAGAACAUUUUAAAAAUGGAAUUUUGCAACUGAAGUGUCAGGCCACUAUAGCGCCUUUAUAUCAAGACGAGGUUGUACACCAUAUAAUACGCGCAGAAGACAAUGGGAUCGAUCCGAUAUCUGAAGACGUUAUGAAUGAGGAAAUAACCAGGUUAUUCGAUCAACAUACUCAACUUAGCUCGUAUGAUGACAUAGAUAUGACGGUAGCUAAUUCUCCGAAUGACCAAGGUAUCGGAGCUAUCAUGAGAAUUUCCGUUUCAAGCGUUAUGAUGAUGGUUGUUUUACAAAUUGUACUAUAAUGUAACAUUUAUAAUACUUUUGAAACUAAAGAUGUUAAGAAAGUUUCUCAAUGUUAAGCAAAUUACGUUUUUUCUUUAUACGGCAUAUAAAACUUUAAUAUCGUUUGAAUUGCAUUUAGUUUCAUGAAAUUCCGCUAAUGUUAUUAAUAAAGAGACUUUCUUUUGCCAGUUCUAGUUAUGUAAAGUUGUUAGUUAUACUGUAGUAUAGAAACAUAAAAUAAUAAACUGCCAGUAUUAACAUGUAAAGAAAAGUGCGAACAGUUAAUCGCUGCAUUUCCGAAUGAGCUUUAUUUGAAGUUAUUUUUUUGUUAUUAAAUGCUUUUUAAAGAAAAGUCAGUUUAUAUUUCAUCGUUUAUUUACAAAGCGUAUAAAGUGAGAAAUGUUGAGCAACAGUCUGGUUAGAGAAUCCAUUAAUAUCCAGAACCUCUGGGUCCGUUUGGUCCACCACUUGGAUAACCUUCGUCGUCACCGCCUGGUCCAAAGCCAGAUCCUCCCUGACCUUGGCCGCGACCGGGAUACCCAGCUCCAGGGACGUUUCCUCCUUGACCACCCGGUGUGUUUCGUCCGAAACCACCAGAAGUACCUUGAGAACCGGGACCUCGCGGAUAACCAGCUUCAGCACCGGCAAACGCAUUAGCACCUGCACCACCACGAGGAUAUCCUUGGCUGCCCACUUGACCACCUCCACGACCACCUCCUGUAAAUAUUAAAAUUAAAUACAGUAGUUUAAAGAAAUCAAUACGUAGGUCAACAUUCCCGGUAUUAAAAAAAAAAUAUAUCAAGUUUAAUUAAUUGAUGUAGUGUUUAAAAAGGAAAAUAAAGUAUUCUAAUGUAAUUUAGAGAGAAUUUACGCUGUAUAUGCGUAAAUCUAAAAAUUAAGAUAGAUUCGGGCCAAUUGUAUUACUGUAUAUUAUUGUAUUGUACUAUGUUUUGUAUAAAAAAUCUUUAAAUAUUUACCAAAUCCACCGCCGGACCCAAAACCAGAUCCGGAACCAGAUGCAUCUCCUGAAAACGCAAAAACAUAUUAAAAAUACUGAAACAUUUAUGUAAAUGAAUAGUUUCGAAUCGAGACCAGUGAAACGAACGCAACCAGUGUUUCCAAACAAAGGGCCAUUCUAUAUAGAUCGAAAAACACUGUUUGCCUCAUUGUGAUUCAUUCCGAAAACGGACAACGGCCAAUAAUUUAAGAUAAUGCUGUAUGGUUUUUUUUAAAUUCAGAUAAAUUUCUACUAAACCCAUCGCUUAAUUUUAUAGGAAAGAAUAAACAAACCCUCGUAUCGUAUUUGAGGCUUAUAUCCAUCCUGGUCAGCCUCAUACUCAACAAUCUGUUUCCUACCAUCAGGCAGCACUACGUUAUAUUCCCCUAUAGCCACAUCACCAUCUCUUUGCUCGGAAUGACCGAAUUUUGUACCUGUUUCA